AUGUUUCGCCAAGGAUUGAGGACUUCCGCCGGCCUGGCCCGUCGGGUCCUGCCACAGGCGGCUGUCACUUUCGCACGACAGCAACGCAUCGCAGUGCAGGCAGUUCGGCCCUCGGUACCCGCAGUUCAGUCGUGGAAUGCCGUGAAUCAGAUUGCGCGUCUAUACAGCAGUGAGGCUGCCGCUCCCGCGGCCGAAUCGCCUGCCGAGCAGCUGGGCGACCGCAAGCAUGGCGAAGAGUGGACGAAGCAGUUUGCAAGCCUCGCCGACAUGGGUGUCAACGAGAACUUGCUGCGCGCCAUUACGAAAGAUUUGGGCUACCAGACGAUGAGUCCUGUGCAGGCCAAAACAAUUGCGCCAGCCCUCAAGGGUACCGAUAUUGUUGCGCAAGCUAAAACUGGAACCGGCAAGACAAUUGCCUUCCUCUUACCCCUUCUACAGCGCAUGAUCAACGAAGACCCGACACUGGCCACCAAAUCCGCAAAAUACCAGGCUCGCCCCGACGAUAUCCGUGGCAUUGUUUUGUCGCCCACCCGUGAGCUAGCAGAGCAGAUUGCGGACGAAGCGCGUCGCCUUACCCGGCACACCGGCCUUGUUAUCCAAUCUGCGGUUGGUGGUACACAGAAGAACCAGAUGCUUUACAAGACGCGCCGGGAGGGCUGCCAUCUGCUUGUCGCCACGCCUGGCCGUUUGCACGACCUGCUUUCAGACGAGCGCAGUGGCCUCGGAGCCCCGAACUUGGCUGCUAUGGUGCUCGACGAGGCUGACCGAAUGCUUGAUGUUGGUUUUGAGCGUGAACUCAAUGCCAUCAUUGACAUCCUGCCUCGGCCUGAGGAGAAGGUGCGCCAAACGAUACUCGUCUCGGCCACAAUCCCCGACUCAGUUAUUCGCCUCACGCGCAGCAUGGUCCGUGCCGAUGAUUUCGAAUUCGUUCAGACAAUUUCCGAGUCGGAGUCCCUGACACAUGACCACGUUAAUCAAAACGUUGCCGUGAUAUCACACAUGAACAACGUCUUCCCAACCCUUUUUGAGCUCAUUGACAGUGGUAUCAAGGAAUCCAAAGAAAACCCUGAUAAGAGACCGUUCAAGGCUAUUGUUUACCUCAAUACGACAGCGAUGACCCAGCUUGCAGGAGAGAUGGGCUUUGCGAAGAACCGCGACCGUAGCUUUAUCCGAAACUUUGCCAUUCACUCCGGCCUGACACAGGCUGCUCGUACGCGGGCUGCUGAAAACUUUCGCAAGUCGCAAUCUGCUGUUCUAUUUUCUUCCGAUGUCACUGCUCGUGGCAUGGACUUCCCGGAUGUUACUCACGUCAUCCAAGUCGAUUGCCCUCGAGAUCGCGAGACGUACAUCCACCGCCUUGGCCGCACCGCUCGGCAGCAGAAGGACGGCGAAGGUUGGCUGCUGCUGCCUGCCAUGAGCCGUGGUAGAGCCCGAGGCCUGCUCCGUGGGCUACCCCUGAAGCCGAAUACAUCUCUGGAGUCCGCCUCGUUCGACAGCUCCUCUGGUGCCGAGAAGCCGGAAGUCAUGGCCGCAACCCAACAACUAUACUCGCGCAUGCCCUCGCGCAUUCUCGAGGAGGCCUACCGUGUCAGCAUCUUCAGCUCCACCGAAAAGCACGCGCGCGACGACAUGGUUGACCAGAUGAACGAAUGGGUCACGCAAGGCUGGGGCUGGCAAUCACCGCCCACAAUUUCCAAGGCGAGGGCGGAAAGAGCCGGCUUCGCCCGUACCAACCUGAACUUUGGCCCUGAGAAAUCGUCGUACGACGACGAGCCCCGUCACUCGGACAGGUUUGGCGGUGGCCGAGACUUUGACCGGAACAACAGGGGGUCUGACAGAAACAACCGACGCAGCAGCGACCCGUUUGACGGUAUGCGAACCAAUGCCAGAAAGGACAACGCCGGUUCCGGGUUCGGUGGCCGCGGCCGCUCGCGAGGAGGUAACUUCCGUCGCAACUCGGACAGAUCAUCACGAGGAGAAUCGUCCUGGUAA